AUGCAGAAGUACGCUGGAAUAGUCAUCAUUGCGACAGUGUAUGCCAGAAUAGAUGUUUCCAGUCGUCUUUCUAGCUGGAAAGAGCUCCAAAUCAAUCGACCGAGGCAAAAAGAGGUCACCGCGGUGGCUGCCGCAUCACGGCCGAGAGCACCAACCGCGGCAAUGCUGGAAACCAGAUAA